GGCGCACGCCGUUGCCAGGCAACGGGGCGGCGCAGGCAGGAGGGGACUGCUGUUUGCAGGUUUCUCUCGGCCUGGCCCCGCGCGGCCCUGCCGAGGCGGCGACGAAGGUGGGUGCGGGGCCCGGGCCGGGACCCAGGACACGCGGGGACUCUCGGGAGCCGUGGGCCAGGCGCUUAGCCGGCCACCUGGGACCCUGUCCAGGCUCAGGCGGUCCAGGGCUGCCCUGCGGGCCGCGUGCGAGAGGGACUCUCGGGAGGCCCUGGGGCGCCGCACCCACUCCCUCUGGCCAGCGUGGACCUCCCAGGCCCCCUCGCUGGUCCUUCCAGAGCAGGAGCCCCGCUUUGGGCGGCCCCUCUCACACCUGCCGUGGGUCCGGUACACGCCCCUGUGUCAGACUCCGCGCUCGCACGCGUAGGAGGAAGCCAGGACUCCCGCGCGACCGGGCCGUGCCUGUGGUUUGUGUCAGUUGCACAGCAGCACGUGGGCACUUUCCACCGUCAGCCACUGGGCAGCCCGGGGCACUCCUGCAGCGUCCCCAGGCCCUCUCCAGGGCAGGGGAAGGUUGGGCAGUCCCGGGCGGCCAGCACUGCAGCGUGCAUGUCUCCUGAGCAGCUGCCCAUCGGGCCCCUGCUGGCCUGGCGGCUCCAAGAUGCAAGGCCGGCAGGAGCUGCGGGGAGAGCCUUUGAGUGACCUCCGGGAGGAAGCAGCCAGCGCUUCCCUCCGAGUGGCACCUGAGAGGCUAAGUGAUGACAGUUUGGAAUGGAUACGGACCUGCCCCGACCUCCUGUCCGAUGGGAAAGCCAUCAUCUCCCUGCCCGGUGAGGGCGGUUCCACCUGCGUUACCCGAUAUCCUGACCCUGGGGAACACAGCAGCACUUGGGGGGAGUUUGAAGGCUUUCGGGAAUCUUCAGCCAAGUCUGGACAAUUCUCACAGUCCCUUGAACUCCUGGAGAGACCCACAGAACCCCAGCCACCAAGAACCACUUCUGCCCCAAAGGAGUGCAGUUCUCACCAACCGUGCCAGGGCGGACCUUGGGUGACAGGAACUGCUGCCGUCUCACCUUCUGAGUCCAUUCUCAGCUGUGAGAACAUUUUAAAGUGUGCUUUUCAAGAAGUAGCAGUCCAGCAGGCAGCUGAAGACGUUUCCACCAUAGACCAUUUCCUAGAAAUAAGCAGUGAAGAAAAACCUGGCCUUGAAUGUGUACAUAAAUUGUGUAAUGAAUCCAGAAAACUCUGGAGAGCCCUUCAGAGCAAACAUACCACGUCUACUUCUCAAUGCCUCUGGAGCGAGUCCCGUUGCCAGGAGAACUUCUUUCUUGUUCUUGGAAUAGAUGCUGCGCAGAAGAACCUUUCUGGAGGCCAGGGCCCCAUCAUGGAAGAUUGUGACCUCAGACAGCCUGAAGGCCUCCUCACUGUCAGCAGCUUCCGUCUCCAGCAUUGUAAAGCCCUGAUCCAGACCAAGAGUCACUUCAUCACAUCAUCACAGCUCAAGGCAGAAGAGAGGAUGAGGAGAGAAGGGGACUUCUUCCUGCAGCUCUCUUUUAUCAGGGAGAAGAAAAGCUUUUCUGGGCUGGAGUCUGGAGCCCACUCUCAGACCAGGUAUUGCAGGAGGGGUGAGAUGGCCAGGCCUAGCUCACCUGGUUUCCUCUCAUCCUGGAGACCCAGGACCCUGGAACAGUCGGGGCUCAUUGUGUACACCCAGGAGAUGGUGGGAGGACACACGGGCAGCCAUCUGCAUGAAGAGUGACAUGCAGGGAGGCGCAGGGGUAAAGUACUGCCCUGUGGCCUGGUACAAGGUGACAAGGACCUGAGCCUGAGCUGGGACAGCAGGAAGGUUGCAUAGCAGAGGAGGCAGCCAGGGUCAGCUUCUGGGCAAGAAUUGGCAUGAAUGUGGCACUGCCCCCAGCUGACGUGGGGGUGCCCUGGGUGGUCAGCAUACAGGUGACAGGUGACAGGUGUCAUGGUGCGACAGAAGAGGGCCCUCAUCGGCCGUCUUCACAGGCUGUCCAUCUUUUUGAAAAACACCGCAGCACAGGAGGGUUGUCCUAGAGCAGCAGGCCGUAAAGAAAUGUUUGUGGCUGUGUUGUUCACAACAGCCCAUACUGGGGCAGACGUCCAGCCACAGCUGUUUGGGGGAAGUCUGUGGUGUAGUCCAAGAGUGGCCACUGCAGGGCUGUGAGUGUGGAGGGUAGUGGCAGCCUCCACCAAGGAGUGCCAGACACGGAGCACAAGGGCCAGAGACCCCUCCUAAGAUGUGGGCCCACUGCUGUCGUCGGGGCUGGCUGCAGGCCAGAGCCAUAGACUCAAUCAUGAGGAGCCCCAGCAUGUUUUCCCUGUGCGCCUCUGGUGACACCUCAUGAUGAGAAGGUCCCUAAGAGGAGAACCAAGGAGAGAACCCUAGGGGCCGAGAGGCCGGGGUGGCCAGGGGCAAACGCCCAAGCAAGCGCUUCUCAUUGCCGGGGGUGCGCGUGCCUGACUGCUGUCCUCUCAUCUCAGCUCUCGGGGCCGCCUGGCAGCAGACAGGGGAGGCUGAGGACAUGCAGCCGCUUCCCGAAGAUGCCCUCAUGCGGAGGUGGCCAGCACAUCACUGUGCCAAGGAAAAAGAUGUUCACGCCGCGC